GUGAAGGGCACAGUUCGCUUUGGAUUUAUAGCCAGCGCCUUCCAGAGCACAAGCUUUGUUUGGAUGUAAUCAUACUAAAGAUGAUUUCUCCACAUGGAUGUUUUGCUGGUUUGAACCUUUUUUGAAACUGCAGGACGGAACGGUGCCACAGUGGAGUUUUCCGAUGCGCCACACGCGAGCCUCAACCCUGAAUGCUUGUCCUUGCAUGGCAUGAGUGAAAUAUAAACAGCUGGUGUGUGCGUAUGUUUAGAAAGUGUUUAAUCAACCUGCAGUUGGUGUGUGAAAGCAAAUGGCCAUAAGCCGUCAACCACGCAGCGCGCGCACAUUCCUGGGAUGUUGAUCUGUCACCCUUUGCUACGCUUUUGUAUGGCUGAAGCUCCACAUUUUAUACCGACUGGAGACAGUUUGAAGAGUUAAAAGUGUUUUAUUUUUUAAAAGUGUUUGGGUCUUGAACGACUCUUUCCAUCACGGUGUCAAUGAUGACUGAGAACAAUGAGAUGGAGAGCGACUCUCAGCUCCAGCGCUCUCCAAGCACCAUGUCCAUCCAACCGAUGUCAUCCAAGCUCCAGAGGCUAAAACGCUCGCUGUCCUUCAAGACCAUCAUGCGCAGCAAAAGCGUGGAGAAUUUCUUCCAAAGGUCCUACAGUGACGCUCGCCUGCCCCCAGAUUUCAUCACGGACCCGCCGCCUCCUUCUCCCCCUCCGCCGCCGGGCUCUCCUCUCGUGGGCGACCGCUCACCGUCCAUUUCACCAUCUCUCAGCCCCAACCCCUCCAUCGCCUCCCACUCCCCCAAUCUCAGCCUUUCACCAUCCCUUCCCAGCAAGCCUCCCCAACCUCAGAUAACACACUGUUUCCAGGACCACGUCUUUCGCAAGCCCACCAACUGCCAGCACUGCAAGCACAUGAUAGUGGGAAACUCCAAACAGGCUCUGCGGUGUAAAACCUGCAAGAUGGCUGCUCACCUGUGGUGCACCUCAGAGCUAUCGCAGCAGCUGUGUCUUGGGAAGUCUGGAGCAUUCAAGCGAAACUUCAGCUCGCCGUUGCUCGUAAACGACCAAUUGUCUGUCGUCAAGGAGGUUCAACCAAGCCAAGAGGCUGCGCGGAUGCGUGUAGACCCCGUGUAUGCCGCCUUGCGCUUCGGGACGUCCUUGGCACAGAUGAGCCGCACCAGUUUUGGCAGUUUGUCAGAGUCACCAACACGCAGCCUGGGGGAGGGAGGUGAGGAGAUGCAGCAGAGACAGUGCAGCAUGGAUGAAGAGAUAACUCAGGACACGGGGGACACCCCUUUCCCCGACACCGAGAUCGAGGAGGAAGAGGAGAGCGGCAGCCAGCAGAUCCCUGCAGAAGCUGAGACUCCUGCAGAAGCUGACACUUUUGCAGAAGCUCAGAAUCCUGCAGAGGAGAACAAUGCGAUGGUGCCCAAGCGCAUUGAAGUCCACUCCAUCCACACCUAUGUAGCGCUCUACAAGUUUCUGCCUCAGGAACAGAAUGACCUGGAACUUCAGGCAAGAGUGGCGACAAAGUCGGCUUCUUCCCUGCCAACUUUGUGCAGAGGGUCCGGCCAGGAGAGCGAGUGUGGCGGGUCGUCCAGGGCCUGCCCGGCAACCGAGAGAGAGGACACAUGGCCGUGAGGGAAUCUCAGAUCUGUGUGGGGAAGCGGGAAGAUGGCGACGUGUUUCUGAAGCUGAGCAGCGGGAAGAAGAGAGGGCUGGUCCCGGCCGACUCCAUAGACGAGAUCUGAGCCUCAUGUGCUCACAUCACCGUCCUUCCACUUCUAAUUCCUCCUGGGGCAGGGGGGGGCACCCCUCUUCAGACUAACACCGUCACCCCUCCUCCACCCUACCCUACUCUCCAACCAAUCCUCACUGACUUAAACCAAACACGGAUAAACUGGACGAGAAACACACACACACACACACACUUCUGCUGGAGCUGGAGCUCCAUCCGCCAUGAACACGUGGUGUCCAGUUGAUUCGAUAGUCUUUCAUAAGUAGUUUUAUCUUUACGUUACAAAUAUGUUUAGUUAGACAAAGGGUGCAAGUUAAAAAUGCUUUAAAUAUGCUUGUCAGGUGCCGGUUCUCAUUCUCCCCCCAUCACAACGAUGUCUAACCAACGUGGGCGGACGCUGAGUCCUGUCAUGGGAACACGGUGCCUCUGUCAGUGUCCUUUUCUUGUUUCUUCCCACUCUGUAUGUCUCAUCCCUAUCUGCUCUUGUCGAGGUCUUUGGCCUGCAGGGGACUGAUAUCAGCUGCAUUGUAGGCUCGUCAACAACAUUGGGCACGUGCCAAGCACAACCACUGCCAGCCAGAGAAAUCUGCUGCCAUUCAGACAGAGAGACCAAUCAGAGGAGAGGAGUAGACACGAGCCCAAGCAUUUCAGUCGGGCUGGGUUGUAAAUGCUCUGUGCAGAACAGAGAAGAUUUUCAUCAGAACAUUGAAGGCUUUGAGGAUCACAGCAACUGUUCCCCCCCCUUUUUUUUAGAAUAAAAUAGCCAUGAAAAUAUGGAACAAAAAAUGCAUGGGCAUAUUUAAAUGUCUGGUAAAGAGAGCAACAAUCAGCUGGUGAACCUCGCGCUCCACAGAAAGGUCUGAGCAACACAUUCUGCUCAAAGUUCAGUCAGGAACUUAAACUUCCAGGAAUUUUAUUUAAAAAUGUCCUUUUGAAACAAAGCAGAGACAUUGUAUAGAGUGUAAAUCUGUUGUGUAAUUGUUUUAAGAAAAGAUGAUGCAGGAUGAAUCAAAAGGGAGAUGAAGUCUCUCUAAGGGAACAGGGGGGGGCGUGGUCCUCCCUUGUGAGCGCUGAGAAGGACCUUCCAAGAGCAGCAGUGGCAGAUCUCCUGUUUCCACAUAAAGGAGCUCGACGGGCAUCAAAGGGUUGCUUCCUGCAGAGACCCGGAGAAGAGCUGCAGUGGGAGUCGCAAAUGUUGCACAGCAUUAUUGCACGACUUCACUAGAGCAGUGGGAAAUAAAACCGCGGCCAGAUAAACAACACGAUGGGGAGCUUUCUGACCGUGACAAGGAGUCUAAGUUUCACUGACAGCUUGGAGAAGGAUGCCGGGCAAAUAAAAGGAAGGAGGAGGCGCAGUGAGAGAAUGACAUCAGUGUUGAACCAUUAUGAGUCAGUGAGUGCAUGCAGGUAGUGUUGUACCCAUGGGUGCACCAGUCAUCAUUGAUCAAAUGUCAUCUCCGUCUUCCUCGUUUGGCCUCGCUCGUCUUCUCUUUAUUGAUGCGACGGUUCAGUUAUGACAUAAAGUGAAGGCACUUGUUCUUGUACUGUAGGCAGGUACACUUUUGAUAGUUUAGACAUCGAUUCUUCAAUCCAUUACUAAUUCAAUGCAUUUCUUUUAAAAGGACAUCUUGUUCCGGAGAGAGGAUAGACACUCUCCGCUUGUGGUCACACACAUGAAGAAAGUAGAAUAAUGGCACUGCAGAUGGUGAAAUAACUUCACUUGUAUGUCUUCUUACACAGCUGAUAUCAUUUAGUCUGCAUUUCAAUAUAUGUGAAAGCAUUUAGAGACGGUGAGAAAUAAGCUUCUCUUCUUGUCAUAACGAGAAUAGCACUUUAUUUAGUCUCAUGUUAAUAAGUUGUGCUUCUUGUAUAUCCUUCAUAGUAAUAGCUGUCGUACACAACAAUACUUUACCUGUUAAAAGAAAAAUGGCGUCAGAGUAGAACUGGAUUAGUAAUUUUUACCCAUGUAAACUAUUUUUUAUUUUGUAUCGUGCCUAGUUUUAUGUAGCAUCACAUGUUCACACCUUUGAGAAUUGUUAGGUAUGUCAUUGGUUGGCCACAUACCUCAAUAAAACAUCUUUACAAAACA